GAAUUUAAAGUACCUAUAUAACUUUCAAAAAUUGCUCAACCUACACACAUUCAAUCUCUACCUUAAUUUAUAUUUUAUAUUCAUUUAUAAUUUAUAUUUUAUUUAUUAUUAUGUGCAAUUUUAAAUUAAAUAUUAUGCAAUAAUAUACCAUUAACUAUGAAAUUAUAAAUAACCUUGAAGAUUACACAACUCUGAGCUUUUUAUAUACUUUAUUUAUGUGACAUGUUUAUUGUUUAACCUGUAAAUUUUCUGUACAUUUCACUUAACUUUCAGGGAUAUUAUGUCUCAUAUUAACGACUUCAUAGGUGUAGUGAGGGGUAUUCGUCAAGUUGUGGAGGCUAGCCUUAAAUUACAACAAGAAAGCACUAGACUAAUAUGGAAUAACUCAAGCUUUAAACCGCUAAUCCAAAAUUGUCCUUCUAACACCUUUACAAAUAAAGCAAACCCUGAUACACCUAAAGAUAUUUUCGAAAGAGCUUUGGUUGUGGUACAUGGUCUUAGGCAAUAUGCUCUGAUGCAUGUACCCAAUUUUAAUAGUAAUGUUGAAAAACAGACUAUGGAUGCCCAAUUGCAAGAUGAGAUUGAACAACUGAACAAGGAAUUUGACAAAACAUUUGAAAGCUUGAAGAAGUCACAAGUACAAACUAAUGUCUCUGGAUCCAUACCUUCCAAUGCAAUUGUUGUGCCUUUAGAAAAGUUGAAAUCUCAAGUGGAUCGGCUUAAAGUUACUCCAAUUGUUACACCUAAGGUAUUAGAACAUGCAUCAGAUCCAGUAGAAAAAGUAACAUCUAUUGAUGUUGAGCAGAGUAAACCAUCUCCAGCAGCUAAACCAGUUGUAAAGAAGAAAUUAAAAGUAUCAUUGAGCGCAAGUUCCAAGCCAAGAGUAGUUCCAUCUUCACGUAUAGGUAGAAUGAUUUCAUUUGGUUCGUUAGCAGCUGGUCUGGGAGUGGGCACAGUGGCUCAGUAUGCCAGGAACACUCUGCAGUCCGUAACGGGGAAACCGGAUGACACCAGUAAUGCAUUCCUCUCUCCAGCCAAUGCUGAAAGGAUUGUAGACACGCUUUGCAAAGUAAGAGGUGCUGCCCUAAAAUUGGGACAACUCUUGAGCAUACAAGACGAGUCAAUGAUACCGUCGGACUUGCAGCGAAUUUUCGAGCGCGUGCGUCAGUCAGCCGACUUCAUGCCCACGUGGCAAGUUGAGAAAGUUAUGACGUCACAGCUCGGGCCUGAUUGGCGAAAUCGGGUGCAGUCCUUUGAAGAGAAGCCGUUUGCUGCUGCAUCUAUAGGCCAAGUACACUUAGCGGUUCUACACAGUGGUCAGGAAGUGGCUAUGAAAGUGCAGUAUCCGGGUGUAGCCAAGGGAAUUAAUAGUGACAUUGAUAAUCUCGUUGGUGUUCUAAAGGUAUGGAAUGUAUUUCCGAAGGGCAUGUUCAUAGAUAAUGUUGUGGAGGUUGCGAAGAAGGAGCUUGCUUGGGAAGUGGAUUACAUUCGAGAGGCGGAAUGUACUAGAAAGUUCAAGAGGCUUCUAGCGCCCUUCCCCGAGUAUUACGUUCCUGAAGUUAUAGACGAUUUAUGUGCGCCAGAAGUGAUGACCACAGAGUUAAUAGAUGGCCAGCCCAUAGACAAGCUAUUUGAUGCAGACGAAGAGACGAGAUACGACAUCGCUUAUAAAAUCAUGCAGCUUUGCUUGCGAGAGAUGUUUGUGUUGCGUUGUAUGCAGACGGAUCCCAAUUGGGCGAACUUCUUUUAUAACACCAAUACUAAACAGUUGGUUCUAUUGGAUUUCGGUGCGACGCGUGAAUACUCGAAAGAGUUUAUGGAUCAAUACAUUGAGAUUAUAAACGCAGCGUCAGAGGGUGAUCGAGAUGCUAUUCUACAGAUGUCGCGUGAUAUGAAAUUCUUAACAGGUUACGAGUCUAAGCUAAUGGAAGAAACGCACGUGGACACAGUUAUGAUAAUGGGCGAAGUAUUCACCAAAGAAGGCUCACAGGGCUUCGACUUUGGUUCACAGAGCACUACGAAGCGAAUACAAUCCCUCGUGCCCACAAUACUAACGCACAGACUAUGUCCACCCCCAGAAGAAAUAUAUUCCUUGCAUCGCAAACUCUCUGGCGUCUUCCUACUCUGUUCAAAAUUGAAGGUCAAAAUGAACUGCCGCGAAAUGUUCCAAGAUAUCUACAGGCAGUAUAAGAGCAAUGGCUUCGAGUGAACGUUAAAAUAAGUACAAAGACGAAAUAAAUCGCAUAAACUAAGCUAUCAUGACGGAUUUCUGAAUUCAGCAAUCAUAAAAAAUUAUGAUAUAAAAUAAAGUGUGGAAAGUUAAUAACUUUAAUUGAUUAAUGGUAAAAUUAUAUUUUUAAAACUCUGUGCUAUAAUUGUUAAUAACAAAAGAAACUUAUUUUACUAAUAAAUUCGUUUGGUUAAAUCCAAUACUGUAACAAAGUGAAAGUUGGUUUUUUAUGAAUAAUGCUACCUCAUAUAUUGUAUUUAUAUUGUAUGUAUUUGGUGUUUAUAAGUAUUAACAUUUAACAUAAUGAAAAAGAUACAAUAUUUGCCAUUUUUCUAUGUAGAUAUAGCGACUAGCCUGUAUGAUAAAUAUUUUGUAAAUUAAUGUUGAAUUAAUAAAAUAAAUGUUUUAUGUUAA